AUGUAUGGUCUAGCAUUCGAGAUAUUCGAAGCCUGGAUCGUCGAUGACUAUGGUAGCGAUGCUUGGCGCUCUACAAAGAAGAAGGCUCGUUGCGAAGUGGAAGCCUUCCUCACCCGUGCCACAUACGACUUCAAACUGCUGGUCAAGCUGAUAAAGGCAGCAUCGCUCUAUUUGGACAAAGCUACAGACAAGAUCCUCAGAAGCUUUGGUAACUACACUGUAUCAUAUCUAUUCAAUAGCGUAUAUGGAAGCAUACUGAGGAAUAACGGUGCCACUCUGAAACAAUGGCUAUCCAAUAUCAACGCCACGUUUGAUCACUUUCAAAGAAGUUUCCCUAAAGGAGAUGGGUCAAGUCCUCCUGUUUUCUGGUGUGAAGAUUACAAAGAAGAGAAAGGAGCCAUCCUGUUACACUACUACAACCCUCGGGGCAAUGCUUUCGUCCCAUUCGUGGUAGGAGUUGUUGAAGAACUUGCAACCCUUCACUUUGAACUAGACAUUAAAAUGGAGAUUCUGGGUCUUCAGAACAGCGGUGACGCUCAAUAUUCCACGUGGAUGAUCAAGGCUGCUGAUCCUAAGGACAGCUGGAAGGUCACACCAAGUGCACCCAACCGAAGGGGUGGAAUGACCAGAAAGUUGAGUUUCGCACAACUUGACGAAAUGCCCGACGAACCGUGCCCAUUCACUGCCGAUACGCAAGUAGUCCCAGCCAACAAUACUGGCAGCGAAGAAGCGCUUAGCGUCAAGAGACUGAAACACGUUUUCCCAUUCCACGUGGUGGUGAAUCGUGAUUUCUGCAUCACUCAAGUUGGCUACAAACUGCCACAAGUCCUAAGGACCGACCAAGCAGAUAUCUGCGGUAAACAUAUCAAGGAUGUCUUUAAGGUCAUUCUUCCAGAAAUGGCCUUUGACUGGGAAUGGAGCUCUAUGAAUCGAUUUUGGGAUCAAAGCUUCUUCUUGGAGCCAAUCGUCGAUGCCGUGAAAACAUCACAAAAUGCCAAAAUAGAUUUCAAAGCCUCGCUGUUGACCCUCUCGUCACAACUCGUCAUGAUUUCCUUGCGACCAAAUGUUAGGGACAUCGAAAGUCUGCAAGAAACCGGGCUCACACUUUCCGAGCUAUCCGACGUGACAUCCGAGCGAGAUGCUGUGUUCUUGGGAGAAUACGUGUCUCGAGAGGCUGGUAAAACACAUGCAUUGGACAAAUUGAGUAAAGACUUGAAAGCAGAGCAGAAACUGUCGGAAACCUUGCUGUACAAUAUGCUGCCAAAGAAUGUCGCGGAUGAUCUUCGACAGGGGAAAACUGUGGAGCCGCGGUAUUUUGGGAAUGUGACACUUUUCUUUUCCGAUAUCGAAGGCUUCACAACGCUCUGUGAUCAAAUCCAACCAUGGGAUGUCAUUGACAUGAUGAACCAACUUUAUUCUGUCAUGGAUUUCCUCGUGGAUCGAUUCAAGCUCUACAAGGUCGAAACAGUCGGUGAUGCCUAUGUCUGUGCGUCUGGAUUGCCUGAAGCGGACGAAUUCCAUGGUGAAAAAAUUGCCAAUUUUGCAUUGGCUGUUGUGGAAUGCUCCAAGCAUGUGAAGUCACCACUUACGGGUGAACCCAUCAAGCUACGUAUUGGUAUCCACACGGGGCACUGUACGGCUGGUGUUGUCGGAACAUUGACGCCCCAUUAUUGUCUCUUUGGAGACAUGGUGAACUUCACAGCCCGUCACGAAACAAGUGGUGCUGCUGGCAGAAUUCAUUGCUCGAAUGAUUUGUACGAGCUUCUGCGAUCACGAUCACCUGCUGGUGCACAACAGUAUCGCUUCAAGGCAAGAGGACUGGUUGAUAUGAAAGGAAAGGGUGAACACCUUACCCACUGGCUCGAAAAGGGAACCGAAAACAACCACUUUGCCAAUCCAGGUUCCCUUCUGACAUUGUCAAACAAAGUGAGGAAAAGAAUCUCCGCCAAGAAGUGGAAGAUGAGGAAGUAUUUCCAAGAACAGGCUGCCAACUUUGACGAGUCGAAUCGCGCUUCUUCGGCUUCCGUUUCAGUAGGCUCCGGACUUUCAGUCGUUAGCAGUGUUGCAAGUGGGGCAGCAUCAGUUGAUAGUCGUACGAGCUUCGUUGAGACUGCGGUUAGAAAGAAUUCGCAGGUUGACGGACAGGAAGAAACAAUCAUUGACUUCGGAGACCACCUGCCCAAGCAUGCUCAAGAAUGGAGAGAGCUGCGUUAUGAUAGUAUGGUUUCCCAAGAAGAGUUGGUUGACCAUGUUUUCGAAAUCCUUUUCUCGACAUUGAAGAAGUGCAUCGACAAAGGGGGGAGACGACUCAAGGUGAUUGAAGAUCAGUUACGAGCAUACGUGUACUCCAUCGUUGGCCUCUACAACCCCGAUAGCAUCUACCACACUUUGCGGUACAGCGCUGAAGUUAUGCUUCGUGCAGCCUUUUUGAUGGAACGCCGUGCCGAAGUCCGAAAGAAAGACCCAUGGGAUGUUUUCAUGAUUGUUUUUGCCAUUUUUGUUCGAGACAUUCAUCACAAUGAGAUUUCUGACGAGCAGCUGGAGCAAGAAAAUCACUAUUAUGUUUCGCAUUAUAAGGGCAAGGGUGCUUACCACCAAAGGAGGUCUUUAGAUUCGGCGCUUGAGAUUCUUGAGGAUGAUUUUGUGCAGCUGUAUGACGAGAUCUUCCUCGGUUGCCCUACUUUCCGUCGAGGAGUGAAGAAGUUGGCUGUCGUUUCAGUGGCUGUUGAAGUUGAAAGCAAGUUCAAGGUCAUGCUCGAAAGAUUUGACUCCAACAAAGAAAAACCAAAUGUUCGAGUCCGUUCAACCCACGGCGAAAGCGAUCCUGUUCUCGAAAUGAUUGUUGCAUUUGCUACAGUAGGUCACUACUGCCAGUCUCAUGAUUUGUUCCUGCAUUGGAACCAUUUGCAACUCAUGGCUCAACUUCAUUGCUUCGAACACGAUCGAAAAUUGGCAGAUCCUCGAAAGGAUUGGCAUCGAGAACAGUGCAUGGUAUUCCAAAAUACCAUCGAGCCUCUUGUGGGUCGCAUGGAGACUUUGCUUCCGCAAAAUACUUGGCUUCGAUUUACCUGCACCAAUAACUUGGCCUUGUGGAUGAGAGAUGGCAGAGAAGAAAUAUCAUCCAGUCUGAUUCCUCAAGCCAAGGUGAAAGCACAGCCCUGGGCAUACAAUUCCGAUCUGGUAUCUUCGAACUUGAACAUUUUGGAGUCUCUAAUGCUUGACAUAGCGGCCAAUCGUGCUGAAGAUGGAACCGUGGGUGAAGUUGACUGGGAUAGCAUGAAGAAAACCCGGACUCCGUAUGAAGAGAUGCGUCUUUCCCUCGAAGUCAACAAGGGUGGCAAUGAACAGCAAUCUGAAGAAAGCGGUGCUGAUGAUCUUGUUCCAACUAGAGUUCUGGAAGAGUUACGCGACUUUGUGCUUUCCGUCGCAAACAGCCAUGGAAGAAAUGAAUUCCGCAACUUUCAUCACGCGAGCCACGUUGCUCAUAUUGCGCACUUGCUCGUGCAAAGUUUGCAGAAGCAUUCAGACGAAGAGCACCCUGUUGCAUUCGACCCACUAGUUCGAUUCGCUAUUGUCCUAUCUGCGUUGGUACAUGAUAUUGGGCACACUGGUGUGUCCAAUGCUCGUCUGAAGGUUGAAAACCCACAGUUGGCUGAGAAGUACAGCAACAAGAGCAUUUCUGAGCAGAACGCUGUCGAUACCGCCUGGAAUAUUUUCAUGGCUGACGAACACCAGAAUCUUCGCGAGUUCUUGUUUGGAUCUUCCGUUGCAGAAUGCAAGAGACUUCGUGAGUUGAUGGUCAAUGGAGUGAUGGCAACCGACUUGUCAGAUCCUGUCUUGAAAGCGCUUCGUAAGAGGCGCUGGACAAAGGCCUCGUCUGACGCGAACACCAAGUCGACACUAAUCAUGGAGCACAUUCUCCAAGUAUCUUCUGUUGGCCAUCACUUCCAAGAAUGGGGCAUCUUUUUGGAUUGGAAUGAGCGCGAAUUUUUGGAGGACUUCCUAGCUUUCUUAGAAGGCCGCAUCUCCGAAGACCCAUCAGAUGGUUGGCAUGCGAAACAACUCAAGAAGUUUGAUGACAUCGUGCUUCCAAUGAGUGAACGUGGCGCCGAAACAGACUGCUGGCACAUGCUGGGUGAUCAGCUCUUCCAGCAAGCGACCAUGAAUCGACUAAAGUGGGAACUCGAAGGGGAGGAGUUCUGUCGCGCAAUGGCUGAGAAGACAAAAUCGAAAUUCUCGAAGCCGUCCGAUGCAACUGCAACGACAGCGGCAGAGAGCAUGUUGACUUCGACCAUUGUGGAGCAAAUUGAGUCGCUUUCAAAGGUGAUCAAGAGAUACGAGCGCAAGGUCGAGACCGCCUGUGGAAAUCUAAUCACAGUUGCCUACAAGGACAGCCCUGAUAUUGCUGCUAGCGGCCUCCGUAAGCAAUCGUGGGCCGACAUCCGUCGUCAUUUCCGGCAACAAGGCUGGUACCGAGUGCAUUCGCCCUCGCUUGAAGAUGAUGAACUCAGUGGUUUGACUGAUGAGAGCGGCAACAAGAUGGCUCGAAGGCAUUCUGUUGAUGUCGUUUUCAAUUGCUAA